UACACCAUUAACAUCAUAAUUUCAUUCCUUGAUCCAAAUCUCAAUAUUUCAUCUCCUUUUUUUCUUCAAAAACGCCACAACUAUGGCCGGAGGAAAGAGGACAAAGGUUUCCAAGAAGAAGGGCAACACCGAAGCUACAACCUUAGCGCCCCAGCCGUUCCCCUACCUGGACGGCUCGUUUCUUGAGUUCGGGUCGGAGGAGGAACUCAACCGGUUCCUCACGCACUUUGCCAAGCGUCCCAUUUCUCCGCCUAGGGUGCUGCCCGACUUGUACCCUCAACAAAAGGGGUACCACGACCUCGACAAUCAGCUUCAACCGUCGGGUCUGUGGUCGUUCGUCUCCAGGAGCCGCUCGAGCUUCAAUCCCGCCUUUGUCCGGGGAUUCUACUCCAAUCUGCACCGUGACGGGGACACCAUUCGCAGCAGCAUCAAUCUCUACGACAUAGAGAUUGAUUUGCCUACGUUUUCUCGGGUCGCAGGGCUGCCCAUCCGCGGUGACGACAUCGCAACUUAUGGUGGCGACGAUUGGAUCCUCAACAACGAGGCAGUCGUCAUUUGUGAGCUUGGGAUCACAAACUUGAUCCGCCACAGCGGAGCAUUGACGAUUCACUCGGCCCCACCGGACAAGUGCCUCCUCCUCUACAUCAUCACCCGGAUUCUCCGCCCCCGGGACAGCAGCCAUACCUCGCUCUUCAACGAGGACUCUAAGGCGAUUCAUGCCAUCAUCCACGGCGCCUCCAUCAAUUGGGCGAAAUUCGUGAUGAUCCACAUGGCGGACUGCGCCUCCAUCGCCACUGAGCGGAGCUUGCCAUAUGCCUUCCUCGUCAUGGACCUCAUCAUAUCCGCCGACAUCUCCAUCGCCGGCCCGGAUACGAAGAUGACAAAGAUUUGGAUAAUUCAAGACAGCACCCUCCGGAAGAAGUCCGGAGACCGGGACGGCGCAGGCCCAAGUCGUGCACCAACCCCCGCUCCCGCGAAGGCCUCUUUGCAAUCCAUAGCCGAUACUCUGAAUCGGCUAACCCUCACAGUGGAUGGCAUGGGGCAGUCAAUCAAGUGGAUGGACUGGACGCUGCAACGCCAACACCACGACAUGACGGCGUUCUUUCGCGGCAUCAACUACGUCCCGCCGCCCUUUGACAGCACCUUCCUCGGACAAAACUAUGAAGGCGAGGACGAGGAGGAUAACUCCUAUGCUCCAUCCUCCUCCCCCGACGAGGCCGACUUUGAAGAUGCGGUCGACGGCGAUCCCAUGGACGUCGAGGACGACGAGGAUGACGACGAGGACGCCGAUGCUUAGACUAUUCUUUUCUCUUCUUACUAUGAAUGUAUUUUUUAUUUCCAUUCCGUUGUAUUCCGCAUUUCCCUUUUUCAUGAAUAAAAGUUUACUUUUACAAUUCUAAAGUUUACUUUUAAUUCUUUUUGUUAAUGUCAAAAGGGGGAAGAUAAUGCCAAACCGCUGUGAUCAAGUUUUUCGUACUAAAGCCAUGUUCGUCUU